CCAGGACUAGUACCAGUGAUACUUGAGAAUAACUGAGAGCCUAGCAGAUGUUUGUUAGAAACUUGUCAAGCCCCAUGAGAUCAUGGAUGGUCCGAUAUUUAAAAGGCAGCAGCAGGCGGGAACUUGAUCUCGCCAUAUAUCACAUCCCAGUCAUCCAUCGACACAUCAUCCAAUCUCAUUCACUUGCAACAGAGAAAACCAGACAAAAUGAACGUUCAUCUUCAAUAACUUUACAGCUUUUGAUAUAAAAGAAAAUGCCCCGGUCGCAGGUCUUUCGUGCGGGUCGAAAGCCCCUACAAGACCGACGAGUGCCACUGGGAUCACCCCACAUCUCUGGUCCUCUGGCCUUUGCCAAUCCAACACGGGCGCAUUUUCCAUUAUCCACGCAUCCACAGCUUGACCAAGAAACCAUCCCAAAACCACGCAUCCAAAGACUCUGGCGCUCUCGCGAUAAUCGUAAAGGACGACAUGCACUCACCAUCCACCAGCGACCGCCAGGAGUCGCAGGCAAGAAUUACCCCCGGAACACAAUCAACCCGAUAGCUAUCAUCAAAGGGAUUCUUCGCAUGUUCACGACGUUCCCCUACUGGGACAUUUCCUUCUGGGUGGCUUUUGUUUUUACUGUCGGAUCGGUGAUCUGGGUCAUCAACGCCUUUUUCGUCUGGCUACCGCUGGAGGUCCCGUCCACCGAGUUUCCGAAUGAAGUCCUCACCGGUGGAGGCGUCACAGCCUUUAUCGGUGCGACUGUCUUCGAAAUUGGUAGUAUUCUGCUAGUUCUAGAAGCAGUCAACGAGAACCAGACAGGCUGCUUCGGCUGGGCUGUUGAGACGGCCUCCAAGGCAGCAGAAGAUGAAGUCGAACAGGUUGUCGUGCGAAUCAAGUCUGACAUGGACUCGUGUCUACAUCAUCAUGCAAACCGCCGCUCGUUCCUGACUCCCUCAGAGGCCAGACAGGACUCGAACAGAUACACAUCGACUGGUCGAAAGCGACCGUUUGAAUGGCUUCCCACACUGAACGAACUCCGCACCCAUUAUCUCCACGAGAUCGGAUUCUGGGCUUCGUUCGUGCAACUCAUCGGAGCUACCAUCUUCUGGAUAGCAGGCUUUACCGGCCUUCCUGGCAUAAUCAACCACAUGAGCCAAGCAGUCACCAACGGCGUCUUCUGGGUCCCGCAGAUCGUUGGCGGUUCGUGCUUUAUCCUCAGCGGGCUGGUUUUCGCGAUAGAGACGCAGCCGAAAUGGUAUAUUCCCGCGAUCCGCAUCCUUGGCUGGCAUAUCGGAUUCUGGAAUUUUAUCGGCGGGAUUGGAUUCACUCUCUGUGGAGCGCUGGGGCCAGCGACGGCCAACUCGGGGGUCGAGUAUCAGAGCACGUUGGCGACGUUCUGGGGGUCCUGGGCAUUCCUGUUGGGGUCUGUGAUACAGUGGUAUGAGAGUCUGGAUAAACAUCCUGUGGAGGAGAAGCAGUAAUGCAUUUUCUAGUUCAUGUCUAAUAGUUCUGCAUAUAUCAAUAUACCUAGUAUAACGUUCCACU